AUGACUGGUGCAAAAUCCAAGGUUGAGGAUAUUAUUGCUGGUCACCAUGUUGUCAUCUUCUCGAAAAGCUACUGCUCCUACAGCAGAGCCGCUAAAUCCCUUCUAAAUGAGCAGGGCAUCCCCUUUUACGCUCUAGAGUUGGAUCAACUCGAUGACGGCGCCGCCAUCCAAAGUGCACUUGCGGAACUCACCAACCAAAGCACCGUGCCCAACAUCUUCAUUGGCCAAAAGCAUAUCGGCGGCAACUCUGACCUUCAGGCCCGCAAGGGUGAGUUGUCUGCGCUGGUGAGCGCUGCAAUGGCUGCUAAAGCGUCCAAGGCGUGA